UAGGAUGCCCGGGAACCACUCCUAGGUCAAUUAAGGAUCAAAUGUUGGAACCUCAUGGGUAAGGAUAAGGUAAUGGAAUUGAUAGAUAAAUUCAUAGACCUAGGUAGGAUAGGAGAGUGGAUAAAGGGAAUAGAGAUGAUGAUAGAGAUCAUACUGAGAAACAGAAAAAUUCCGUACGGGUACAACUCUUAUUUGAACGAAGUGAAAAAAAUGCGAUCUUUGUUGUCUAAUAGAACAAACACUAAUACCUUAAUUGAGUCGGUCAAGAUCAAAUCUGUUUAUCAAAGUGCUUCUCCGAUUGCUCAAGACAUCUCUUUUCAACUGAGAAAGAAAACAAGAUCAUUUCGUUCCAUUUUUAGUAGAAUAGUUAAGGAUAUUCCAUUAGUAAUGAAAAAAGGGGUUGAGGGGAUCCGUAUAUGUUGUUCAGGUCGAUCAGAAGGCGCAGAAAUAGCUAGAACUAAAUGCGGAAAGUAUGGAAAAACAUCUCGUAAUGUAUUUAACCAGAAAAUCGAUUAUGCUUCUGCGGAAGUAUCUACUCGUUACGGAAUCUCAGGUGUCAAAGUGUGGAUUUCAUAUAGUAAAAAAAAGGGACGUGCUAUAUCCGAAACGUACGAAAUUUAGUAAAUAUCGUAAAGGCAGAUGUAGUAGGGGUUGCAAACCAGACGGAACAAAACUAGGUUUUGGAAGAUAUGGCACUCAAAGUUGUAGAGUUGGUCGUCUUUCAUAUCGAGCCAUUGAAGCAGCGCGUCGGGCUAUAAUCGGGCACUUCCAUCGUGCUAUGAGCGGACAAUUCCAAAAAAAUGGUAAGAUAUGGGUAAGAGUUUUCGCAGAUAUCCCUAUUACUGGGAAACCUACAGAAGUAAGAAUGGGAAGAGGAAAAGGAAAUCCUACCGGUUGGAUUGCUCGUGUGUCCGCGGGACAAGUCCUAUUUGAGAUGGAUGGUGUGAGUUUGUCAAAUGCUCGACAAGCCGCCACAUUAGCGGCACAUAAACCAUGUUCGUCAACCACGUUUCUUCAGUGGUCGUAACGUAAUUGGUUAGUGGGGAAAAACCAGGCCGGGACUCAAAAGAAUUAGGCGAAGGGUUUGUUCCUGAACGAGGGAAGUGGAAAGACACUAAGGGAGAGGGAUAUACUCCUUUUUGAAUCGCCGAAAUU